GGAACCUGCAAAAAGACAGCUCGACUACUACUGCAAUUCGUGCCUUGUCGACCUAUUGUCGUCUUGAGUAUGUUGAUAUUUGCCAUUGUUUGCUUUCUUGUCCCUGCCGCUGCGUUAGAGAAGCGCAACGCCGUCAUCAUGAUUGCAGAUGACGCAGGCAUGGAGAGUCCGUUCUACAGCAACAAUGUCUGCCAAACGCCAAAUUUGAACUCUCUUGCCUCCAAGAGUCUCAUAUUUGAUAGAGCCUUCACGUCAGUCAGUAGCUGUUCACCUAGUCGGUCAGUGAUAAUGACAGGCCUCCCUCAACAUCAGAACGGGAUGUACGGCCUACAUCAAAAGGAAAUUCAUUUUAACACAUUUGACAGUGUUAAGAGCGUGCCAUUGCUGUUAAACAGCAGCGGAGUGCGAACUGGGAUUAUAGGUAAGAAGCAUGUUGGACCAGAGUCCGUGUACCCGUAUGAGUUUGAAUACACUGAAGAAAAUGGCUAUUCCAUUCUUCAAGUUGGAAGAAAUAUAACUUUCAUUAAAGAUCUUGUGCACGAAUUUCUUCAGACACAAGAUGAUCGUCCGUUUUUCCUAUACAUCGGUUUUCACGACCCUCACAGAUGUGGACAUACACAACCACAAUACGGAAACUUUUGUGAGAAGUUUGGCAAUGGAGAACCAGAUAUGGGAUUCAUACCAGACUGGAAACCGGUGUUAUAUAGUCCAGAUGAUGUCAUUGUGCCAUACUUUGUUCCAGAUACUCCUGCAGCCCGAGCUGAUAUCGCUGCUCAGUAUACAACAAUCAGUCGCUUAGACCAAGGCAUUGGACUGGUUGUCAAAGAGUUGGAAAAUGCGGGGUAUUUGGAUUCAACUCUGGUUAUCUAUUCAUCUGAUAAUGGUAUUCCAUUUCCAUCAGGAAGAACUAACCUAUAUGAUCCUGGCAUGAUUGAGCCCAUGCUGGUGUCUUCUCCAUUAGCAACACAUCGCAACGGGGAUCACAGUCAAGCAAUGGUUUCAUUGGUUGACAUUGUUCCAACAGUUCUUGACUGGUUUGAUGUUGCAUAUCCUAAUUACUCUAUCUUCAAGUCUGAUCUGCCAGUUCAACUUACUGGCCGUUCUUUAUUACCAGUUUUGGAAGAAGAACCAGAGUCAGGAUUUGAUGAGAUUUAUGCUAGUCAUAGUCUCCACGAAAUCACUAUGUAUUAUCCAAUGCGCGUAUAUCGUAAUCGACGCUACAAGCUCAUUAAAAACCUGAACUACAAGAUGCCAUUUCCAAUAGAUGAAGACUUCUUCUUAUCUCCAACAUUUCAGGAUAUCCUUCAACGUUCACAUCAGAAAGAGUUAACUCAUUGGUAUAAAACACUACAUGACUACUACUACCGCGAUCAGUGGGAAUUGUUUGAUUUGGAGCAAGAUCCUCAUGAACUUCAUAAUGUAGCAGAUGAGCCAUCACGGCAAGACAUCCUGGAAGAUAUGAAGACUAGGCUGCACAAGUGGCAGAAUGCAACCAAUGAUCCAUGGAUCUGUGCACAGGAGGGAGUACUGGAAAAUGUAGGGAGAUUUCCAAGAUCUGGUGUUUGCCUGCCAUUAUACAAUGAACUUUAGAUAAUGAAUUUCCCUUUGUCAAGGUGUGAUGCAUGAUGCUAAUUCUUAUAAAUUAGACUUUAAUUAACUAACACCAUUUUCUCUAAC